UUGACUUAUCACUUGGAUUCAAGUUUUUGUUUUCGAAAUCUUUACUUUGUUUUAUUAAAUUUUACUUAAUUUUUAGAGGAAAAACUAAAAUGCCCAAAAUCACAGAAUAAACAAGGUAAAACUUUAGUACAUACUCGAUCUUCGGGCUAUUUUUUUAAUGCAUUCAUAAUGGGAGAAGAAAGUGCAGCCCAAAUAAACUUAGAAUCUUGGAUGACAGAUCUACCAGCCCAGUUAAAAGAAGUGCCUCUGAUAUACUUAGCUAUCCCUGGUAGCCAUGAUUCAAUGACAUAUGGCAUCACUCGGGCAAGCGGCCUUGCCCCUGAUGCGGAACCAAUCUUGCACCAGCUGUACCCUCUGUUCCGAGGUACGAUCUUACGCUGGACCAUAACCCAGGCCAUAGAUGUACAUCAGCAACUACUCAUUGGCAUUAGAUAUUUUGACCUGAGAUUAGCAACCAAGAAUGGCACAGACAGCUUCUUCUUCACUCAUGGUGUCUAUGCGGAUGAGAUCACCGGACCAUUAGAAAAAGUCAGAGAAUUUAUCGACUCUCACCCAGAAGAGGUUGUGAUAUUAGAUUGCCAGCAUUUCUACGGGUUUGAUAUCGAGGAUCACAGGAGGUUGAUGUUGGUUUUGAUCAAGAUGUUUGGCAACCGACUGGUGCCGAGGCAGAUUGACCUGCAAGCGAUAACGCUCAACUCUUUGCACAGGUUACGGCAACAGGUAGUAGUGGUAUACCGCCAUCAGUCCGUAUACUCCAUGAGCGAGUUCUGGCAACCACAGAUGAUGCCGUCUCCGUGGCCACAGCAAGAUCGCACCUCGGGCCUCAUCAGUUUCCUGGAGAAUGUAAAACGACACCCAGGCAUGGGGUUCGUCCACCAGGCCGUGUUGACACCUACGCCCGCCUUUAUUGUUUUGAGAUGGCUAUCAAACCUCCGUAAAAAGUGCGCGGUGCCUGUGAAAGAGCAAGUGCUUCCCAAACUGCUGGAGAUGUCCCCCGGGCCGCCGCUAGCUCGCGGGGUCACUGACCGCGCGCCGCUCAACGUAGUCAUCGCUGACUUUGUCGACCUAGACGAUGCUCUCUUCCCAAGAAAAAUCAUAGAACUGAACUGGAAACUGUUGAGAAACACUGACUUUGUUUAUCAUAAUUAUGGAUAGCUUUAAGGUAAGGAUAGGUGUUCGUCUUGCCUUGAUUUUCUUGUACAGUCGGAAUAUACGAUGUUCACUCAUCGUACAUACAGAAUACUUUAGUAUAGAUUGCUUUAUUGUUAAAAUACUUUAGGGUUUAGUAUUCCACUGUUGCUGUUAAUCUAUAGCGAGACAUAUUCUUAUAUUACUAAGAGUUUAUGAUGGGAAUAAAAUUGCUAUUACAAAGGUUACAUACGUUAUAUGUCACAAUUAAUUUAAAAACGCCUCAUAAUUUUUUACAUGCGCUACGAGCGUUAUCUACAGUUACGAAGUACCGACCGACAGAGUUUAGGUUGUAAAUAUCGCUUUUGUUAAUAUUAAAUUUUCUAAAUAUAGUUCAUGUUUUGCAUUUUUAUAUAGUUUUUAUGGAUUUUGUUUUGAAGUGGAGAAAAUUGUGUUAAUAAUAUUAAAACUAGUUGAGACUUCAACAUCUCAAAAUGGACGAUUAACUUUUAUUAUAAUUUACAUAACUUCGAAUUAAAAACAUAAUACAGUUACAUAUGAAUGACAAAACUGAGUUACCCCAAGUACCUGGUAUUAUCUGUUCAUACUGUUUAUUACUGUGAUAUUUUUGUCGUAAAUUUGAUUGUGCAGUGCCUUCAGUAAAUUUGUA